GGCUGAACACGGCGAUGAAAUUUUCUUAUCUCCGCUCGAUUUCUGAAAUCACUGGCAUCGAGGAAGGACGUGCUAAAAUGGAAGUAGGUCGUCUGAUUGGCGUUCUUGCACUGUGCUGCGCAUGCGUGGCCCAGCCCCCACAAAGCACAUGUCAAGACCUUGACGCCCAGGCGUGCGCACUGUUCUCUAAAGCCAGGCCGAACCUUUGCACUGACCCGGCGUUCUCACAAUCCACAUGUAUACGCUUCUGUGGGAAUUGCCCCCUGGAAUGUUAUUCGUGCCCCACUCCCUUCCUCAACCCGCUGGACUGCAACACCACCACCACGUGCCCAACUGGCCAGACGUGUGUAACCAAGCAUCUAACAGCCUUAGAUGGUCACCAUGAAUACAUCGUGUCUUGUGAACAGAAAGCAGUUUGCCAAGGACUAAAUUUCGGGUUUGGCGGCUUAAUAGGGAAGCGUGACGAAAGCCAGGCGGAACCGGAGGCGGGUCGAUACCGUCGUGACGUGAGUGUCUCCUGCUGCGAUACGGACUUCUGCAACACUCCGUACUCUCUCACCACAACGACGCUACCGCCUACGUCAUCCGGACCGUUCCCGCACGGCUGCGAUCGAGACAUCGUGUUUGUUCUGGAUGACUCGGGCAGUGUUGGCCAAGCAAACUUUCGACAGGCGCUUGGUUUCAUCGGGGAAAUUGUCCAUCAGCUUACCAUAGGCCCAACCAGAGCACAGACGGGCCUCGUUACCUACAGCACACACGCCUAUCCAAUGUGGCACCUGAACGAAAUCACGACAGAACAACAGCUGUUGCGAAACCUGUCAUCUGUACCGUACCAAGGCGGCAUCACGAAAACGAACGAGGCUCUGUAUCUGGUGCGUACGACUAUGUUGACUCCACAACAUGGCGACCGCCCUAAUAACAAGAAUGUCGUCAUCGUUCUUACUGACGGGGAAUCCAAUGAUAAGCUAGAUACGAUUCGUGAAGCCAACAAAUUGCACACCGUUAGCGAUGACGUUAUCAGCAUUGUCAUCGGAGCAGGCAUCAACCUUGCCGAACUGAUUGCCAUAGCAACUGACAGUCACCACGUGUUUGACGUCCACAGCUACAGCAGUCUUCAGUCGAUUCUUCCUCAGCUAAUGCAGAUUAUUUGCAACGCUUAAAUGGGCAACAGAUUCAAUAAAGUUACCAUAGUACCAUGUACUAGAAAUAUACACUUCAUAAAUUAUCUUGCACACGG